GCCGGCCGGGCGCCGGGCGGGCCGGCGGGCGCGCCGCAGGCGGAGGGCCCAGCGGCGCCCGCGGGGCCGUCGGAGGCCCAGGUGACGUGCGACAAGUGCGACGGGAGGCACCCGACUGACGCUUGUCCGCAUUCUGCGGGCGCGCGAAAAGCACAAAGACGCGUGGGUCAACUACGGCCGGAAGCACCCAAAGGAGAUGGGCACUGGCGGGGGCGGCUUUGUACUGAGGACGGCGGGGCCACGUGGUCCCGCAGCCUGGCGACGGAAGCUGCCUGGCGGAUUCCACUCACUGCGCUAUGGCCUCAACAAAGUGAGCACUAGCUAUUGUGGAUCGGCAGCGCAGCUCCGAGGCGAGCUCAUGCAGUUCAUCCAGGCCAACGCGCACUUGGAGAUCGCUGGCGACACGCUGGAGGAGUGGGUGCGCUGGGACAGCAACACCUCUGUGGGCGCCUACACCAAGCGCAUGGCCAAGGGCGGAUGGGGCGGAGGGAUCGAGAUGGCGGCCUGCGCAUUGCUCAAGAAGGUGAACGUGCACGUGUACGAGCGACGCUUUCUGGGCGGCUACCGUCGGAUAUCCCGAAGGGUCCUGCUUCGAUUGCCCCGAGCAGAACUCCAGCAGCAUCCACGUGCUCUACCAGGACGGGUUCCAUGCACUACGAUGCCCUUGUGCCGUGCUGAGCUUGGUGGUUCAUGAUGCCGCCGCCAGUCGCGGACAACAUCGCGCUGGUGACGACGCCAGGAACAUGUCCAUUCUCUCUUCAUCCCUGUCCGCGGCUUGCCAUUCGCUUACCCUUUUGCUUGUGGCAGUUCGUGCGGCCCCUCUCACACUGCGCUUUCCCAUACCCUUCUGCGUGCACCUUCUAGAUCUGCCGAUCCCCUCAGACUUCACAGUAGGUCUUCCAACAUCUUUCACCACUUCCAGACGGGCCUGUGGAGACCGGGCGAAUGAUGCGAGCGCGGGUGGGUGUGCGCAGGGUUCGCGUGGUUCCUCUGCGGGACCUUCCUCCUCAUAUUUGCCCAGUUGGGCCAACGCGGAGUCCUGCGCAGCAUUGCGUGUCCCUCUGCUCCGCGCCCUCCACGUCACCCCGCCCGACAGCCCCCCUCCCAGCCACUCCCACGCGCGCCGAGACGAUGCCCGGUCUGCACCUCCGUAGUACAGCCCUGUCCUGCCCCCCCCCCACGCGAUCCACCCACGAUGCUUGUGAGACCAUCCAGAGUAGGUCUGCCGCUUGUUUCCUGGGGCCCAUCUCGGUAGCCCUGCGAGAGCGUCUUGGACAGUCGCAUGUGGCAUCCUCGAGCGGUCUAGCGUGAGUCCAGUCCAGCCCGCGAGGUCCUCAAGCCUGCCCGAGACAUUCUCCCACUGGCCCAAUGCUUGCACUGAGCUCGCGACCGUUACUGCAUCUCAAUUGAUGACGCUUCCGGAGUUUUUUUCGCAAUGGCUAUGUGGCAAACUGUUGUGUCCAAGUUUGGGCCAA